AUGGUUAGAUCGCCGUGUUGCGAUAAGGCCGGGUUAAAGAAAGGGCCUUGGACACCAGAAGAGGAUCAAAAACUUCUUGCUUACAUUGAAGAACAUGGCCAUGGAAGCUGGCGUUCGUUACCUGAAAAAGCCGGUCUCCAAAGGUGUGGAAAGAGUUGCAGACUCAGAUGGACUAACUACCUAAGACCUGACAUCAAAAGAGGCAAAUUCACAGUACAAGAAGAACAAACCAUCAUUCAACUUCAUGCUCUCCUCGGAAACAGGUGGUCAGCGAUUGCAACUCACUUACCGAAAAGAACAGACAACGAGAUCAAGAACUACUGGAACACACACUUGAAGAAACGUCUGGUUAAAAUGGGGAUAGAUCCAGUGACUCACAAGCACAAGAACGAGACUCUUUCUUCAUCCUCUGGUCAAUCCAAGAACGCAGCUACACUUAGUCAUAUGGCUCAAUGGGAAAGUGCUAGGCUUGAAGCUGAAGCAAGACUAGCUAGAGAAUCAAAGCUUCUCCAUUUACAACAUUACCAAAACAACAACAACCUUAACAAAUCAGGCUUCACUCACAAAACAUCAACAAUUUGGACAAAACCAAACGAAGGUAACGGAGAUCAACAACAACAGCUUGAAUCUCCGACAUCGACGGUAACAUUCUCCGAGAAUCUUCCUCUGAUGAUCACGCCUUUAGGAAUCCCGACGGAGAACAGAAAUAGAAACAACGAAAUUCCUCCGGCGAUGAUUGAAUUCGCCGUCUCUUCCUCCACCUCCUCCGAUGUGACUCUGGUCAAAGAACACGAACAUGAUUGGAUGAGGCAGAUUAACUGUCCGACGGAAGAAAUCGAAGAAGGGUUCACUAGUCUCCUGCUCAGAGAUUCAACCGCCGGUAAAAACGACGCCGCGUCGGUCGCCGGAGCCGUCGUGGUCAACGAGAGUGACUAUAACUACUAUGAAGAUAACAAGAACUACUGGAAUAGCAUUCUCAACUUGGUGGAUUCAUCACCGUCCGAUUCUCCAACGAUGUUCUGA